CUAGACUAUUAUAUUUUUCAAUGGGAACACCAAAAGUGAUUUGUAUGGUAUUGUUAGCCGUUGUUGCAGCCAGCAACAUAGCGGAGGCAACAUGGUGUGUGGUGAGGAGUGGGGCCAGUGCUGGAGCACUGCAAGCAGGUUUGAACUGGGCAUGUAGCCAUGGAGCAGAUUGUGGUCCUAUUCGGCCUGGUGGCUCUUGCUUCAAUCCAAACACCAUUCAAAAUCAUGCCUCCUAUGCCUAUGACAGCUACUAUCAGCGCAAUGGCAAAGCCCCUAGCGCUUGUAAUUUUGGCGGCACGGCCACCAUUGCCGUAUCCGAUCCCAGUUUUGGAGGCUGCAGAUACCCACCAAUUGAAAGUGUUGGAAGAGCAGAAGAUGCAACAACGACGAAGUCUUUUACCGAAGACUCUACAAAUUAGGCCCAACCCAAAUAUUAUUGGGUUGAAAGAGUCAAUGACUGAAGCCCAUUUAACGUUAGACAAAGACGAAAGAGUUUGGUUACUCUAUUCAUGUACUCUCUAUAAUAAAGGUGUGGAGAAUUUGUUGGCCUCCACCAAAGCUGUACCAAAAUUCCAAAACUGGUUUUUUUUUUUU